AUUCGGCGCGCGUGGCCCAAGGCUGCGAGCCGCGUGCUGCUUCAGCCAGACGACAGAGGUGGGCUGGAAGUCGACAACCACGAGCUAUACGUGCCCAAAACACUGGUACCUAAGAUGGCGACUCCCCGUCGUGAAAAUAGACCACCAAAGCGAACGGCUGGAUUUCCACAACAGCCAACGCGGAGGCGGCGUUCAAGGAGCGCCGGACCGCACGCAUGGACAACUCGAUACUCGCGGUGGAGCGCGCUGCUCAUCGCCGGCUGCGCAGUGGCCUUCGCGCCGCGCGCCGCGCCGCCGAGGCAUCGGCCGGCGCCGACGUGCGCCGCGCUGCCGCGCACGAGACGUAGGCCAGCGACGCAACUGAACUGCAUCUGCGUGAACUGCGCCUUCGUCGACAACUGCACGGCCUACCACGUUGUGGAAGCCAAACAUGGCCAGCCCCACGUCUCCACAAAUCCCAUCUUCACGCCGCGCGAGGGGAGCCCGACGGUCGCGGUCAACAUCUUCCCCCCGGACUCGGAGCACAAGGCGAGGGGCUUCGAGAUCGAGCUGGAUGUCGUCGAGUGCGCCGACUUCGCGCGGGAGAUGGGCAAGUGGCGGAAGAUGAUGCCCCCCGGGACGCUGGUCAAGGCCGGCUUCGACCCGGACUACGAGCCGCCGUAGUUUAAGCUCUUGUAUGUAC